GUUAUCGAUAGUGUGGAAUAGUCAUCGAUUUUGCACGUGUUGUUUUUAUUCAAAACAAAAAAAAUAUGCGUAAGAAGCAGGCGGAUGAAAUACCAGGCUUUCCAUCACUGGACAACGAUGCCGGCACCAGCGACCGGGGCGCCGACAUUCUCAAGUCCAAGUCCAAGAAGAACAAGAGUGGUGGAUUCCAGUCCAUGGGGCUGGGCUUCGAGCUGAUAAAGGGCAUCACCAAGCGGGGCUACAAGGUUCCCACCCCCAUACAGCGGAAAACGAUUCCGCUGAUCCUGGAGGGACGCGAUGUGGUGGCAAUGGCCAAGACGGGCUCCGGCAAGACGGCCUGCUUUCUGAUUCCGCUCUUUGAAAAGCUACAGAGGCGCGAGCCCACAAAGGGAGCCCGUGCCCUGAUCUUGUCCCCGACGCGCGAGCUGGCUGUGCAGACGUAUAAGUUCAUCAAGGAGCUGGGUCGCUUUAUGGAACUGAAGAGCAUUCUGGUGCUAGGUGGCGACUCCAUGGACUCACAGUUCUCGGCCAUACAUACCUGCCCGGACGUAAUUGUCGCUACGCCAGGUCGUUUUCUGCAUUUGUGUGUAGAAAUGGACUUAAAGCUCAAUUCCAUAGAAUACGUGGUGUUCGAUGAAGCCGAUCGACUCUUCGAGAUGGGAUUCGGCGAGCAACUGAACGAAACGCUGCACAGAUUGCCGUCGUCCCGGCAGACGGUCAUGUUUUCGGCCACGCUGCCAAAACUGCUAGUGGAGUUCGCCCGUGCCGGACUAAACGACCCAGUGCUUAUUCGCUUAGACGUCGAGUCCAAGCUCCCGGAUGCACUGGCUCUAAAGUUUCUGUACUGUCGACCAGACGACCGCUACACAGCCCUUGUGGUUCUUCUUAAGUAUGUUAUUCCGGUGGAGUCGCAAACCGUGGUGUUCGCCGGUACGCAGCACCAUGUCGAACUAAUUUCGUACAUACUUACUGAGGCUGGAAUCUCCAACGCCUCAGUCUACUCCAGCCUGGAUCCAGCUGCUCGCAAAAUAAACACCGCCAAAUUUGUGAACAAAAAGGUGUCCGUGCUAAUAGUCACGGACGUGGCCGCGCGUGGUAUUGACAUUCCCAGUCUAGACUUUGUGGUGAACCUGCACUUCCCGGGUAAACCGAAACUGUUUGUCCACCGGGUAGGUCGUUGCGCUCGCGCCGGUCGCACAGGAACCGCAUACUCUAUUGUGUCCACAGACGACACAGCACAUCUACUGGAUCUGCACUUGUUCUUGAACAGACCCUUUAAUAUACACGACAGCUCGGCAUUGGGAACCAUUCCGCAAGAUUUGCUCGAGGAAGAGCACCUCACAGUGACCGAUAUAAAGAAAAGUCACCAUAUUGCCGGAGUAUUGCGCACCAGCGAAAACGCCUACAAAAAAUACUUGAGCUCCCGACCAGUAGCCUCCACGGAUGCCAAUGCGCGUGUAAAGAAAAUUAAAUUCUUUGCGCUCAAGCCAUUGGAGGAUUUCUUCACAGCUGCCCCUGUGCUCGCCCAGGCGGCUGAAGCUAGUGGACAAUCAACAGAGUCGCAGGCAAAGGUGAGCGCCACAGAGCGCAAGUUGCAGGAGGAAAAACACGAUAUACUGGUGAAGAUGCGUAGUUUCCGUCCUGGUGGUACCGUUUUUGAACUCAACACCACUCAAAAGUCCACGCAGUUCAUCGUUAUGAAGGAAAAACGAAUGCAGCAUGCGGAAGUCAUCAACAAGUUUAGGCAGCAGCGCGCAGAGGAGGAUAUCGACGAGGAAAAGAAAACGAUCGAGGCGUCAAAACCAAGCUCAGGCAGAAUGCCCACCGCCGACGAGGAAGCUAUUAGUAGUACUUUCAAUAAAGUCGUUGCGCCCAAGAGGCUCCAGAACAUGGACGCCCUUUACAAGGAUAAGCCAAAGAAGAAAAAGCGGAAGAUAAACAGCAAGGACGAGGAUCACUAUGUGCCGUACCAGUCGGCAGACAAGCACACAGAGGAUGGUCUGGCCAUUAACAACUUUGAGCGGCAGGCGCAGAACGCCGAGUUUUCGGUGUCGGACCGCGACUUAUCCCAGGAAGUAAAGCACAAGCCCGGCCUUAAGAAGUGGGACCGAAUUAAGAAAAAAAUGGUUUCUGUACAAGAUCCGCGAGCCAACAAAAUUAGGACCGAGUCCGGUGCGUGGAUUCCUGCCUCCUUUAAAACAGGUCGUUAUGCUGAGUGGAAGGAGAAGUCUAAGAUCGAGGACCAGCUGCAGCGCGAAAAUGCAGGCAGUGAUGACGAGAACGCCAAGCCGUUGAGCCAUGCCCAGCGCUACCCAGUCAGUCGUCAUGCGCGGCACAACUUAAAGCUAGAACUUAAGAAGCGGCUGACCGGAAACGACAAGGAGAUGCGCCGCCCCGAGCAAAUUGUCAAAUCUCGCAUGCGACUGGAGUUCAUUAAAAAGCGCAACGAAGAGAACGCAGAGAGGAAAAGCGAAAACCGCAAGCGCAGCAUGCGGAAAACGCAGCGCCCCAAAGCUCAAUCAACUGGGGGCUCAAAAAGAAGGAAGUAGGAGCUUCUACGCAGAAGCACUGGGACCGUUCAGCCGACCGACGUUCAGCGCAUGGGUAAUGUUCUGAAAAAUCGCCUUCCCCAAAUGAAACACUCCCCAUAUUUGUUUACUGGAGGUAGAGUGUUUUUAAAAUAAUACACAAUAAACGAUGAACUACA